AUGUUUCGAUCCGAGUCGUGUACGGAUAGUUCGGGCAAUCAGCCCACCUCAUGGCGAAAAGAUGCAACUGCAGAUCAACCCAUGCUCAUCGAGGACCCCUUCACCCAAUCGACAUUGUUUACUCUGGACUUUUUCAAGCGCCUGGCAAAAUUUUCCCUUAUGGGUGUUUUGGCACUCGGGAUCACUGGCUGGACAGCAUUCGAGGGUUUACAUAUGUGGGUGGAGAACGUCGAACUCGCAUGCGAUCAAGAUAGCGAAGUACGCAGGUGGGAGUGGGACCACGAGGCUGAGAAGUGGUCAGGUGGGGACAAAGGUGGGACAGACAUAGCACUUGGAUUCAAAGGCAGGCACGCUGUUCGUAGUGCAUGGAUCGCCGAGAACUGGGGAACGGGCUCAGGAGCGAUCAUCAGCCGCUCGAACACAUUUUCAGGACGAGGCUCCCAGGGUACAGGUAGUCCCGACAUUAUAGAGGCUCGCCUGGAGGUUGCCCAAACAUUUAUGGCUCUUGCCAUCAGUAUUGCCGAAAGCAAAGUGUCGUCCGGAAAAUUACGCCCACAAACUAUGGGUGAGCUACUCGCCCGCCACGCUUCUAUUCUCGAGCGUAUGGGGACGAGGAGUGCACUUUUACAGGCCCGGCCCUGGUAUGAGCGGGUGUGGGUUGGGCUGCCCGCCAAGGGCACAGAUGCUGCACGGGUUGCAUUAAAACUCGGGGACCUUGACUAUCGUCUCGGUGACUUCGAGGACGCGCUUGCAUGGUGGGCACGGACCAUCAGCCUCACCCAGGGCACUCAGCAGGCAAAUCUUUUGGCUCCUGAAUUAGCACAGACCAUCCCUUCAUCUCCGAGUGCACAACGCACGCUUGCUUCCACGUUGGUAUCACUUUCCGCCUACUAUUCCACCUCUGGUCACCUUAAGCAAGCGCAGCAUGUACAGGAGUCCGGACUCGAUCUCCUACGCUCGAUUCCGUCUCCUUCCAGAAUUUCAACAGCAUCUCCGCCACAGGCAUUGCAUUCACUAUUUCUGCUUCAUCGAUCGUCUCUGCUUUCCAUUCACCUCGCAGAAGUUCUCUACGCCCUCCGCGCAGCACCUGAACACUCCAUACAAUGGCUCACGCGCGCUGCAGAAUCAUCCGAGCGAGUUGCUCUCGCCCUUGCAGGUCUCCCAUUCACCCAUCCUGACGCACCAGGCUCGGCAAUUCCCCAUCCGCCCGCCUCGGAAGCAUCCCUAGUUCCCGUGUAUACUAAAUCGCCUGCAAUGCAAAAACCAGCUAAAAGCCUCCUCCGCGAUGCUCGCCGGACGGCUGCUGAAGCCUGGAAUCUCAUGGGUAUACUUAGGGAAGGCGAGAAAGAUGGUGCGGAACGCGCCCUUGAGUGUUAUGAACGCGCUCUGGGGUGGGCAGGUGUCGCAGCAGAUCGUUCUGGCGGCAUUGGUGAGCCUGGGGAAGGCACACCAGAAGCAGAGUGGAAAAUACUUUGGAAUAACUAUGUUCGUGUGCGUGAAGCGACACGGAAGCAAAUGGAAAAGUAA